GAAUUUUCCAUUAAUUGCAUUUACUUACAUAUUUCUAUAAGAACUUUAGGGAAUCUUGAACACACGUAAAUAUUUAACAAGCACAACCUUUUAAUAUUGUAAAUAGUUGUAUAUAAAAAAAGAAAUAAAUAAAUAUUUAUAACAUUAAACAAAAUAUUAGUUUUUACCAAAACAUUUUUGAAAAUUUAGAAUUUUGAAGAGGUUAAGGUAAGAUUUAAAAAUAAAAUAAAUCUGUUACGUCGUCAACCGGCGACGUAACCUGCUUUUACUUAUGUCUAUCUUUACAUGUUUUGUAAAUUUUAAAUUUGUAGAACUAUACUAUUUAAAGAACCAAAAUCGAAAUUUUGAUGGCUUUUUCACAAUCAAAUUCAAGAGAAAAAUUUUGGAAGAAUUGCAAUUAAAAAAACAAAUGCUUUUAAAGCAAGGUGUGGCACCAACAUUGAACACAUCAUUAGUAACUUCAACAGGUUCCCCUUCUAAUUUGCCUUCUACACAACCCUCUGAUGGUGUUGCUAUGAGUGCAUCCCAAAGAGCUGCCUUACAUAACGCACAUGCAGCAUCAUCAGGAUAUUUUGUAACACAGGAUUCUUCUUUUGGCAAUCUUAUUUUACCAGUUCUUCCUAGAUUUGAUACUAAAUAAAGAACUUAAAUUGCAUAAUUUCAAAUUAUAUAAAUGACUAUGCAGACUUUAAAUUGUGUGAUGAAAGUGAUUUUGAACUAUAUAUGUUUUUUUAAGUGCGCUUCUUAUAGUGAAAUUAAAGCAUAAGGUGAUAAUUAAUAAUUAAUCAAAAUGGCUAACAUUCAACUUCGUGAAUUAGAAGAAUAUUUACAACAGUUGGAUGGAUUUGAUAAACCAAAAAUAUUACUUGAACAAUAUUGUACUAGUGCUCAUAUUGCAUCACGCAUGUUGUACUGUGCUGAAGUUCAAUUUAAUGACAUAGAGGGACAUUCAGUAGGUGACUUAGGUUGUGGGUGUGGUGUUUUAUCACUUGGGGCACAGAUGCUUGGAGCAAGUCAUGUAAUUGGUUUUGAAAUAGAUUCUGAUGCACUUAAAAUUCAAUCUAAAAAUUGUAAUGAAAUAGAUUUGUUUGUGGAAACUGUACAAUGUGAUGUAUUACAAUAUUUACCAGGCCGAUUUGAGAAGUACUUUGAUACAAUUAUUAUGAAUCCACCAUUUGGUACAAAGCAUAAUACAGGUACAGAUAUGAAAUUUUUAAAAGUUGCAACCAAAUUAGCAUCAAAUACAGUGUAUUCAUUACAUAAGACAAGUACCCGUAACUAUGUUCUUCAGAAAGCUGCACAAUAUGGAGCCAAAGGCAAAGUUAUUGCAGAACUGAGAUAUGAUUUACCAAAAGCAUAUAAGUUUCAUAAAAAAAUGUCUGUAGAUGUUCAAGUGGAUUUUAUACGAUUUGAAUUAAAUUACUAAAUAUUUUCAUGAAAAAAAUAUUAUA